CGCUUCCCGCUGUCUAACGAUUCCAUUAUUUCUCUAUCAUGCACGCCGCAUUCAUUAUUUUGUGGAGUAUUAUUGUUGGUGCUUUUUGCCAAGCACCUUAUCGAUCGCCGCAUCAGGCAGCGAUUUUGAGUGACGCUCGAUAUCUCGCGGGUGAUGGCACAUUCGGCGCUGCCUAUUCUCAAGAAGAUGGAGUAGAAUUUAAAGAAGAGAGCGACGUAGAGGGUAAUCGACGUGGAUCGUAUUCAUAUAUCGAUCCAACCGGACAAAGACGAACUGUAACGUAUACAGCAGGAAAAAACGGAUUUCAGGCGACCGGAGAUCACAUUCCCACGGCACCACCGCAGGCGCCACCACAACCAGAAUACAUACCGCUAUCACGAUAUAAUCCGCCGGAUUAUCAACCCCCGAGCUACGCACCGCAACUCGCACAGCAAUACCCGCGACGCUAUCAACCGGAAUACGAACCUCAAUCUGUUUAUCCGCCGCAGUCUCAACCGCAAUACCAGUAUCGACCGCAAUCGCGUUAUCAUCAUCAUCCCCCGGAACUAAAUGCGCUCUCGCACGCACCUCCGCAGCAGCCUGCUGCAAGACCGUAUUAUCAGCCACGACCUGCGUUGCAACAACCUAACGCGAUACCGACACCAGCACCCCGCAAUUUUUACCCGCCGGGAAAGCUCAGCUUCAAUCGCACUCCCGAUGGUUUCUCCUACACGUUCAGCAAAAGUUAAGUAACAUGUGAGUCAACAAAACGAAAAAUAAUAAAUUUGCAAUUAAAAAUUU